GCAGAAGUUUACUUGCUGCACUGUAAAUGUAUGUGUAUGUAUGUAUGCAUUUAUGUAAGCAUUUAUUGUUGUUUGCAUUACUGUAUACGCAUGAUGUGGGAAUCAAAAUAAAAGUCAUAUCGCAGAUAAAAUAUUUCUUCAACGUUAACCCACCUGCGAUAAUUAUAUAAAUAUACAUAAAGAGAGCUUCUCCUUCAAAGUAAACCCAAAACUAUUUGCAUCGAAAAUGUUGAAGACCGUUCGCUCAAAUCUGUUAACGCAAUUGUUUCGGAAUCUCCGUAUAUGUCGAUGUAUCACAGCCACAGCAGAAAGUAACACUACAGGGUCCGAGAGAAGUGGUAGUCCAUCUUGUGAUGAAGCACAUUUGGAUGAGUUUACCAAAGAGUUUCUUAAAAAUCGCAUAGAAAUGUCGCCUUUUCAGAAGAUACUACUCGGCGCGGGUUCCUCCAUUGCCGCCCUAAUUGAUCCACGAAGGCAUGACAUGAUCGCCGCUUUGGGUGAAACCACCGGCGAAGCGACCUUGCGGAAUAUCUUACAGACAAUGGAACUUACUGCUGAGGGCAAACGCAUACUGAAACAGAAGCCACGUAUAAACACUCAUACCGUAGAUAUGAACCAUUUACGUUCCUUAGGAGAGAAUACUCUUGGGCGAGUCUACAUGAAGUUCUUGGAUGACAAUAAAGUAACACCCGACUCGCGUAUGGAAGUACGAUUCAUUAGCGAUCCAAUGCUGGCAUAUGUGAUGACACGCUACCGUGAGUGUCAUGAUCUGGUGCACACAGUGCUGGGAAUGCCUACCAAUAUGCUGGGUGAAGUAGCCGUCAAAUGGGUAGAGGCGUUGAAUAACGGACUGCCUAUGUGUUAUGGGGGUGCAAUAUUUGGUGCCAUGCGACUACGUCCUAAGCAACGGAAGGAGUAUGUUUCUCGUUAUUUACCUUGGGCUCUGAAAAAUGGAAAGGAAAUUAAACCAUUAAUGCCUGUAUUUUGGGAAGAACGCUGGGAGCAAGAUAUAAGAGAUCUUCGUAAAGAAUUAAAUAUAACGAUCUUAAACUUAUGAACCCAAAGGAUUCACAAAUUUAAUCUCUAGUAUACACAUAUAUGGACAUGUGUUAAACAUUAUGGUUUGUUUUCCUUUUUUUUUAAUACAAGUACUCUGAUAUAGAAAUCCAAUAAACCGAAAUUGAAAAUGUUAUUUAA